AUGAUGAUAGAAGAGGAGCAACAUAUUUAUCAACCAACUGAUAUCGUCCUUGCGAAAGUGAAGGGAUUCUCAGCAUGGCCAGCUAUGAUUGUUCCAACGGAAUUGAUUCCGGAACAUAUUCUUCGAACGAAUACACAUACUGAUGAGGAAAGUGAGACUGAAGACAACACGGAUACCCAGGAUGCUGAUGAUACUAAAUUUAUACAUUAUUCGAAAUUGUUGAAGUUUAGAAAGUUUGAGCAACUGAAGAAUAGUUAUUGUGUGAAAUUCUUCUGUGAUGAUUCAUAUAUAUGGGUUAAACCAUCUGAUCUUAAAUUGUUGACAGUGGAACAAUGUCGUGAGUGGCUUAAGAGUACUAACAAAAAGAAGAAAAAUAAGAAAUUGAUACCCGCCUACGAAAUGGCUUCUAAAGGUUCUGAUAAUAUUGAUGUUUGGGAAUUUAUUGAAUAUGGAUCUUAUGGGAAACCAGAUGACGAUGAAUAUGUUGAAGAGCAAGAAGAAGAACAAGAAGAGCAAGAAGAAGAAGAAGAAGUGCCAAAGACAACUGCGUCAAUUAGAUCCACAAGAUCUAGAAAUAAGAAAACUAUUGCAAAAAAGGUUAUGACUAAACCUAAGCCUAGGACCAGAUCUAAGCAUGUGGUGAAGGAAGAAAAACAGGUGGAACCCGUUGAAAAGGGAGAAGAAGAGGAACAACUUGAAGAAGUACUGCCUAAGAAAAGAAGGGGUAGACCAGCAUCUAAAUCAGCAACGAAAACAACAACGAAAAAACAAAAAUUGAAAGUGAAAGAAGAAAGUCCAAAAAUAGAAGAAUAUAAUUAUGAGGAUGAUGAAGAUUGGGCAUUGGUCGGUUUAGGACCUCAAGAUGUAACAAUUCAAGAUAAUGUAAGUUCGGUAGUUAAAAAAUUAUCGCAAAAGCAGAACAUGGAAAAACAUUGGGACCAAAGACUAAAUAUCAUUGAUAAAAUUGCUGGUAUCAAUAAAAUGAUGUUAACUUUAAUCAAUUCUAUAAUAUCGGAGGAGAGUGGAAAAACUCAACCUGUUAGAGACGAUUAUGAAUUAUUAUUAGAUGAACUUGACCAAGCUUUAUCCAUGCGUGGUGCUAAAACUGAAUUUAUUACCAUUUUUCAAUGGAAUACUGAACUUCUCUUGAAUUUAAGAGCCAUUAUGAGUUUAAAGUACUUACAACUAAUAGAUUGGGAUAUAUUCGAUCAAUUCCAGGCCUUUUUCAGAAUAAUAUUUAAAUAUGAUUUAAUUUUAGAUCAAACCGAGUGGAAGUAUGGGGAAAAGGAAGAGGAGAAGGAAACUACUACGAUACCAAAUGGUGGUGUAAAUAACGCGGAGGUUGCUGUGUAA